GGCAGCCGACCGACCAGCGUUCCAACCAGCCAACCAACCAACCAACGGCCGCCUCGCCGGGAAUGGCUGUGUGGAAGAAAAAAUGAUGUCUCACGUAUUAGCCUAAAAUCCUGAUGAAGACGUGUCUAAGCAGCAGCAAUGCAGCAAGUUUUGGACAACCUUACGGACUUGCCUCCAUCAGCAGGAGCUGAAGAAAUAGACCUUAUUUUCCUGAAAGGAAUUAUGGAGAAUCCAAUUGUAAGAUCGCUUGCUAAGGCUCAUGAACGACUGGAAGAUUCUAAGCUUGAGGCUGUAAGUGACAACAAUCUGGAAUUGGUAAAUGAUAUUCUUGAAGACAUCAGUCCAUUAAUAAACAAAGAUGAAAACAUUGCAGAGUUGGUUGGUAUACUGAAGGAGCCACACUUUUUGUCACUCUUGGAAGCCCAUGAUAUUGUGGCAUCAAAGUGUUAUGAAUCUCCUCCCUCUAGCCCAGAAAUCAAUAAUUCUUCAGUGAACAAUCAGAUAGUGCCCGUGGAUGCCAUCCGUAUACUUGGCAUUCACAAAAGAGCAGGGGAGCCGCUGGGUGUGACAUUUAGGGUGGAGAAUAAUGAUCUGGUAAUUGCAAGAAUCCUUCAUGGAGGAAUGAUAGAUCGACAAGGUCUUCUACAUGUGGGUGAUAUUAUUAAAGAGGUUAAUGGUCAUGAAGUUGGAAACAAUCCAAAAGAGUUGCAAGAACUUUUGAAGAGUAUAAGUGGAAGUGUCACUCUGAAGAUCCUUCCUAGCUACAGAGAUAAUAUUAUUCCCCAACAGGUAUAUGUUAAGUGUCACUUUGAUUAUAAUCCAUAUAACGACAACCUGAUUCCAUGCAAAGAAGCAGGGCUCAAGUUUUCUAAAGGAGAAAUUCUUCAAAUUGUGAAUCGUGAAGACCCAAACUGGUGGCAGGCUAGCCAUGUCAAAGAAGGAGGAAGUGCAGGGCUUAUUCCUAGCCAGUUCUUGGAAGAAAAGAGGAAAGCAUUUGUUCGACGGGAUUGGGACAAUUCAGGUCCUUUUUGUGGAACAAUAAGUAGUAAAAAGAAGAAAAAGAUGAUGUAUCUCACAACUAGAAAUGCAGAAUUUGAUCGCCAUGAAAUUCAGAUAUAUGAGGAAGUAGCCAAAAUGCCUCCGUUUCAAAGAAAGACAUUGGUGUUAAUAGGAGCCCAGGGAGUGGGCCGAAGAAGUUUGAAAAACAGGUUUAUUGUACUAAAUCCCACAAAGUUUGGAACCACAGUGCCAUUUACAUCACGAAAGCCAAGGGAUGAUGAAAAAGAUGGUCAAGCCUACAGGUUUGUGUCCCGAGUUGAAAUGGAGGCAGAUGUUAAAGCUGGAAGAUACUUGGAACAUGGAGAAUAUGAAGGAAACCUUUAUGGCACCAAAAUAGAUUCUAUCCUUGAAGUGGUUCAGACUGGAAGGACAUGCAUCUUGGAUGUAAAUCCACAGGCACUUAAAAUAUUGAGGACUUCAGAGUUUAUGCCCUACGUAGUGUUCAUUGCUGCUCCAGAACUUGAGACAUUGCGUGCCAUGCACAAAGCCGUGGUAGAUGCGGGGAUUACAACAAAACUUCUUACAGACACUGAUUUGAAGAAAACAGUUGAUGAGAGUGCACGGAUUCAGAGAGCUUACAGCCACUAUUUUGAUCUGAUCAUUGUGAAUGACAAUCUAGACAAAGCCUUUGAAAAGUUGCAAACCGCUACAGAGAAGCUGAGGACGGAACCACAGUGGGUUCCAAUUAGCUGGGUAUACUGACAGUUCUUUUUGAAGACUGGUGUAAGCACCAAACUAGGCUUUCUGCACAUCAUAAACAUUAUACCGAUAACACAUUGUACAGAGGUGCCAGUCACUAACAGCACCUGAUGCAUUUGUAUUCUGUGUAUAUUUAGAUAAUGGUAUGCUAUUCCAAGUUUUUAUACAAUAUAUUGAAGGGAAAGUGUACUUAAUAUGUAAUUUAUUUUAAUUUUUCUAACUUUUUACAAAUCUUUCUAUUCAUACCACAUGAAGGAAAUGCGUUGAAGCAUUUUUAUAAAUGUUUUUUGAUUUACUACUUUGCCUUUUACUCAUCUAAGGAACAUUCACUUCUACAUCUGGUCUUACAUUUUCACUGUGAUAAGGAGAAAAAUACUUGAAAAAAUGUUGUUGGUUUUUUUUUGUAAAACUCUGUUUAAAUCAAGUGUUUUAUCUGGCUGGUUUUUUCUUAUUUAGAAGAAGACACUAAUCCUUAUCCUAAUAAACAUGUAUCUCUCCUUGA